AGGACCCGGAUGUGAUUCCGCCGAGCAAUGGCGGCUGAGCGGAUCCGGGCUCCGUCCCACAUGUAAACAACACAUUAAGCGCUCUCCUUUGUUUAAGAAGAGCAAAACCAGCCGCGAUCAGGAGCAUGAGCUUAUCGCACAAGAGUCGACUCAUCUGAGCACCAAAAUGUCGAUGGAAGAUCCGUUUUUCGUGGUGAAAGGAGAGGUGCAGAAGGCUGUGAACACAGCUCAGGGGCUUCAUCAGAGAUGGAUGGAGCUGCUACAGGACCCGGGUGGAGCCAGCAAGGAGGAGGUGGACUGGACCACCAAUGAGCUGAGGAACAGUUUGAGGUCCAUUGAAUGGGACCUGGAGGACUUGGAUGAGACUAUAAGUAUUGUGGAGGCUAAUCCAAAGAAGUUCAAUCUUGAUGCGAUGGAGCUGGCCAAGAGGAAAGCCUUCAUCACUAGCACAAGGCAAACAGUCAGGCAGAUGAAAGACCACAUGGCUAGUCCGAAGGCAAUUACAGUGUCUGAGAGGAAAAAUCGACAGACUUUAAUGGGUGAUGGUGGGUCUCGUGGCCCAAUCUGGCAACCCAAUGCUGAUAAGUACACCAGACUAGACCGGGAGCUGCAGACGGCAAACUCACAGUUCAUCGAGGAACAACAGACCCAGCAACAGCUCAUAGCAGAACAGCAGGAUGAGCAGCUGGAGUUGGUAUCGGGAACUAUUGGUGUCUUGAAGAACAUGUCCCAAAGGAUCGGCCAAGAGCUGGAUGAGCAAGCUGUAAUGAUGGAUGAUUUUUCACAUGAGAUGGACAGCACUCAAUCCAGACUGGAUAACGUCAUGAAGAAGCUGGCUAAAGUUUCUCACAUGACCAGCGAUCGGCGACAAUGGUGCGCUAUUGGCAUUCUUCUGGCCAUCCUGUUUGUCGUGAUCAUCUUCUUCAUUGUUCUGUGAACAGCACUCCUCCGUCCUCUGCCACUACUCCUGCGAACGGUCGCUCCAGCGAAGGUGCUUUGGAGACAAACAAACCCUUUCUCCAUCUUUAGUCCACGAUACAGUAGAAUGCUGCUGCUUCGUAACCUUUUUGCUUUCUUAUAAACAACCCAGGCUGAAAACGAAUGGGUAACAUGGCGUGUAAAAACAAGGGCUGUUUUUUCGCAAGCGCAUUUUCAGUUUGGCGAUAAUAUGGUCUGAAUCAUUUCAUACGAGUUGUGUCGUAAUCCAGGGUAAAUCAUUUCUUUCCAAUGGACCAUGACUUUUAAUGCUUAAAGGGAUAGUUUGGCCAAAAAUGAAAUUACCCCAUGAUUUACUCACCCUCAG